UCCAUGCUUUUCACUGUGCUUCCAGUGUAUGUCAUGGUCAUCAGCGUGCUGGGAAUAAUCAUGAAUGUGUUUGUGCUGCUGGUUUUCUGGCUCCACAAGACGGCCUGCACCGUGCCUGAGAUAUACCUGUGCAACCUGGCUGCUGCAGACUUCCUCCUGACCGCCUUCUUGUCCUUCCCGGCAAAGCUUAUAGCAAAUCAAUACAACUGGCCAUUCCAUGACCACCUGUGCAAAGUUGUCAACACUGCCAUCGAGAUGAAUGCUUUCAGUAGUAUCUACUUCCUCGUCAUGAUCAGCAUCGACCGUUACCUGGCGCUGGUGCACCCGCUUUCUCAUCAAAGUCUGCGUAGGCCGCGUACCGCAAAGCUUGUGUGCUUUGUGGUCUGGAGUCUGGCCCUGGUUUUCACCUGUCCUACGAUCAUCUAUAGGGAAGUGGAACAUUACCACCAGACAAGUAUAUGUGUGUUCAACAUCCCAAAUUUUGUUCUUUACGAUGGACUAAACAUCAUUAUCACCUUCAUCAUCCCCACUGGCUUCAUUUUAUACUUCACUGUAAAAAUCCUGAAGGCUUUGGGGAACAGGUUAUCAAUGAAAAUGAACUCGAACUCUCAGGCACAGGAGCAGAAGGCCACCACACUGGUCCUGGCUGUCCUUCUGGCAUUUUUGAUUUGCUGGCUGCCAUACCACAUCAUUAACAUAAUAACCAUGCUCGUCGAUCUAGAGAUAGUUGGAGGAUGUCAGUUUAUCAUCAAACUGGGCAUCUGCAUAAAUGUUUUCACCUAUUUUGCUUUCUUUAACAGUGUAUUGAACCCUAUUCUCUAUGUCAUUGUGGGCAAAAAAUUCCAGAAGAAAGCUAAGGAACUUUUCACACUUCGGUGUGACAACAAAAACCCAGUGACCUUUAGUCUCAUUUCUCAAUGCCAAUCAAGAAGUGAUACCACAAGAGUUACUCUGGACUGA